CUGCGAUAUCACGCAUUAAUAUCAGUCUCCCACUCUUCACUUAAUUUCACAGUUACAGUUCUUACUCUUAUACUCUUGCAAGACAAAGUCAGUUUGUCAUAUUCAGUGGUCGGAAUUAGUUGCACUUUCGAGAGCUACGCCUACUUCUUUCUCCUUACCUCUCCGCUCGGCCGGCGAGUCCUACACGUGACGAGCGUGCCACUCAAGCACAGAUCACAUUCAGUCUGAUAAAAAUCACUGUACAGUGUGCAUCAGUAUAGUAUUUGUAUUCGAACACAACGGGUCGCGCUUGUAAGGCGAAUAAAAUGUCACACGACAAAGAUUUUAAAAAAUGGAUCGAAGAUGUGAUGUCGAAGAUUAUUGAAAAUCUUGGAUUGGAUGUCGAUAAAGUUCGGUACAAGGUAUCUGAAUCGAUCAACAAGUAUAUGUCUACCAUAUAUUAUGUACUCCUACAGUUUGAAAACAAAACAAAGGAACAGAACGAGGAAUUUCCUAUGAUAUUGAAGAAACCCUUGCUCAAUGUUGCUGUGGCGGGUUAUAUCAAUGAACAAUUUCACAACGAGAUUUUGUUUUAUCAAAUGUAUGCUCGACCGGAUGAGAACUUCCCGAGAUGCUUCUACGUCGACGAACGGCCGCCAAACGAUUCAGUGAUUGCCCUGGAGAACGUCAACAAACGAGGAUAUCAUUCUUGUUCGUAUAAAUACAAUGCUCCUUUAGACUACACGUUGGCGGCGAUGCGCGAGAUCGGACGAUUCCACGGCAAAGGAUAUGUCAUGAAGAAGCUACAGCGGGAUAAGUUCUUCGAUAUCGUGACGCGACUUCAAGAAGUUCGGUAUUUUAAGACGAUGGAAAACGACUACAAACUCCUCUGCAAUGCUAAUUCGACGCGAACGGUAGAAUAUCUUCGCAAUCACGGCCACGAUGCAGUGUUCUGCGAUAAAAUGGAAGCCUUACUCUUGAACGCAUUUGACGAAGUGAUGAUGAAGACAGUAGAACCGCUGGAACCCUUGUCCACGUUAUGUCACGGUGAUUUAACAUUGGACAAUAUGCUCUUCAAGACGAAAGACGAUGGACAAUAUCGCGCGAUGCUAAUCGACUUCGCGCUUAUUAGAUACUCGACUCCCGUUGUCGAUCUUUCCACGUAUCUUUGCCUGUGCUGCCCGAAUGAAAUAAUAAAGGACAAGUUCUUCGAAAUAAUGCGAGCCUAUCACGAUGCAUUGAAAGAAUAUUUGUUAGAAGCUGGCAUUUGGGACAUGGAGAAAUAUUCAUACGAAGCUUUGCUGGAUGAUUACAGAAAAGGUGGUCUUUUUGGUUUUGUUAUCGCGAAUUUUUAUCUACCGGUAUUAUUAGGAUAUCAUAUACCAGAUGUAAUGAAACAACAAACUGACCGUUUAGGCAUGUGGGAAGGUAUGAAGCAAUUAAAGUACGAUGACGAAUUAUGCAAGAUACUAGCUGAUACUUUACUGAUUUUGAGAGAUCUUGGCUGCUUGAAACAUAUUUUGUAGUCAUGCGAAAUAACUAUAAUAUAUAAAAUUUAGACCUAUAUAUCGAUUAGUAACUGUGAAAUAUAUGUCGAGUAAAAUAUAUCUUUAAGUUAUCACGAGUUAGGAACAUACAAUGUAUGUAAGUAUAAAAGAGCUAUGGCGAUCAUGGACAGAUGGAUUGUUAAUAUUAUUUCGUGAGAUUAUCCCAGUUCUAUAGCGGCGUAAUUUAGAAUCAUACAAGUAUUUCGCACGAAUUGUCUUUAAACCGACAGAUUACUUUUUCACACGAAUAGAUAAACAUUUCUGCUUAUAAAACUGUACGCUAAAAAUUUUCUCUAUAUUGUAUAUAUCUAUUCUCUAUUAUAUAUAUUAAAUAAAAAUAUAAAAAAUAUCAUAUAAGAAAAGAGAAUUAUAUUUCUUUAUAUUAUUUUCACUAAUCAGUAAGCACAUCGCAUAAAAAUUCAUGCAAAGUGCUGAGUCAUGAUUUCAAAUUAUAUCAAUAGAAAUGUCACGAUGUCGCGAAAUAACAUUGCCACUGAUCGUUAUAGUUCUUUAUUUACGUUAUGCAUAUAUUACAUUAUCUUAGUAUACUUGCUUCCAAUCGUUUGUUCAAACUUUAGUUAAACAAUUUAGUUAAGCAAUAACGUAAUCAUAAAAGAAAACCCUUAUUUAAUCUUACGAACCAAUCCUGUGUUUUCAGAACGGAAAAGAAAAAUAAUUCAACGUUAAAUUCCCUAUAUAUAUUUGCACAUGCACAUAUCUUUUGUAAUAUAUUCCUGUAUAUUCGGAUAUAACUUUUUUAUUAAAUUUACUGUUUAAAAUAAACCGUUCGGUAAAACAACUGAAUACGAUUAGCAGAUUUAACGCAUAUCGCGGAAAUGAAACAACGUGGGUAAGGAGCGAGUUGAAACUGAAUCCCGAUUAUAUGUAUGCGCGAUACUCAAAACAGGCGCGGUAUUGCGGCAAUGUGUCCCGCGUGCACAUUGGUGAAAUUAUUCUUUCGUCCGUGCAAGUCCGGAUCUGCCUUUCAAAUAAAGAAGCACCCGUACGCUCAGAAUAACUUUGUCAUUUCCAUAUAUUUUUCCAAGCUAGCGGCAGCGUUUAUCACGAAGCUAACUUAUGCCCGAGGUUCAUGCACAGUCAAAUUUUCUUCUGGAUUAGUGUAAAAAGUAUUAAACUAGCGAUUCAGAGAGCAGCAAAGAGUACUACAAGUCACAUUUUAUAUUUUUACAUAGAUCCGUAAUUAUACCAUGUAUUUCGAUUAAAGGGAAUAUUAUUUUAUGUUACAAGAAUAAAAGGUAAAGAAUCCAUUUUA